GUUCGUGCGAAGAGGACGGCAAACGAAGAAAUAGAUAAUUUCCAUCGCCUGAGCGAUGGUAAAAAUACUUCGAGAUUGCCGCUGAAGAGCUUCGUACGUAUGUGGCUUAUAAGAGCCAGCCUUCGGCAUCGGCAGUUGGAGCAAAAGAAACACAAUUUACAUGAAAUUUUAGGGAAAGUUGUUUACAGAACGUGGAUGAUCAAUUUGCCAAUCGACAGCAGCGAGCGCGCGGUCCGUAGUAAUGCAGAAGUACUGAGGUAUUUUUAUCACGGCUCUCCCGCUAGUAACCUCGCUGCGGUAGAUUGAGACCAACAAUUAUGUGCUGUAGCAGGAAGUUUAAGUUUAAGAUUUGAAAGAGUUUAAAGUUAAACACGGGAACGGGAUUCGUUUUCCGCAACAUCACAAAGAUUUUCUUCCAGCCGUGGGGCAUGGACAGUAGAGUAAAAAAAACAAAAGAAAACGACGAACUCGUAUUGAUGUAUAAUUUCUAUAUCGUCAGUAGUUUCUUGCCUGCAGCUGUAGCCGCGCUAAGGUUAAGUGAGAUUGUUGAGACCACAUAAAAAUUUCGAUCUGUAGGUGGGAAACUUGUUGUACAGCCAUCAGAGAAAGCCCUCAACAGUAGCAGCAGAGGAUGUUAACUGAGUAGUAAAAGUACUUAUGAUGUAGUUCCAACCGGAGUGAUCAACGAGAAGUGUGGUACUUCUCGAAUGUAGGCGUCAAGUCUAAAACUGCAUGAUUCUGCGAAAGCAAGAAAGCGUAAUCCUUUGGUUGGUAAUUUACGAAGACCUACGUCUUGCGCCCUGCUGCUGCUUCUGCUUCUGCUGCAGGGCAGGACAACGCGAAAAAUGUUCGUUGCUUCACAUGCUCGGAGGUGUCAACUCUACUGCAGUUCCACUGCUAUGUAUAAGUUUAAGUCGCGUGAUAAAGACCAUUGCAACCGAGUUGCAUGAUAGCGACAAGAAGCAGGACCACAAAG